AGCAGUGGGCAGAGGCUGCGAGUCCCCUAUAACCAGCGCCUCGCAUUUCCGUGGCGUUCCCGUUUGCUCCUGUGCUGCUGCGGCCAUACGCCUGAUUGAUAUAUGCCUGCAAUGGCACUUUUCCAUUUGACAUUCUCCCUCUCUCUCUCUCUCCCUCUCUCUGCCUCUCUCUCUCCCUCUCUCUCCCUGUGUCGCUUAAACAACAGUCCUAACUUUUGUGUGUUGCAAAUAUAAAAGGCAAGCCAUGUGACAGAGGGACAGAAGAACAAAAGCAUUUGGAAGUAACAGGACCUCUUUCUAGCUCUCAGAAAAGUCUGAGAAGAAAGGAGCCCUGCGUUUCCCCCAAGCAUCAGUGAGGUGAUUUGAGUAGAUAUCUGGACUCCAGUCAAAGACCAAGACGUAUGGUUAAAAGAACAAAGCAAAUUUCAGGAACUUCAGUCCAGCAUAAUCCCACUUUAAUGCUGUGCAGCAGAUAAUCUGAUGGUGGAUUGCAAGUGUAAAGAGUAAGACAAAACUCCGGCAUACAAAGGACAAUGACAACCAGAACGCUUCAGGCAGAUCCUGUCCUUGCCUUGCAAGGAACUGGAUCCUAGGAGGUGAAGGCAUUUCCAAUUUUUGGUCCUGUGUCUCCCUCUGCUGUUCUUCUGGAGACGUUUCCCUUUACAACAAUGAGAAAUCAUGUACUAGCUGCAUCCAUUUCUAUGCUCUCCCUGCUGGCCAUAAUGGGAGAUACAGACAGCAAAACAGAUACCUCGUUCCUGAUGGACUCGAACCCUCAACGCUGCAUGAGGCACCACUAUGUCGAUUCGAUCAGUCACCCAUUGUACAAGUGUAGCUCAAAGAUGGUGCUCCUGGCUAGAUGCGAGGGGCACUGCAGCCAGGCAUCGCGCUCGGAGCCAUUGGUGUCCUUCAGCUCUGUCCUAAAGCAACCUUUCCGUUCCUCCUGUCACUGCUGUCGGCCCCAAACCUCCAAGCUGAAGGCUCUGCGUCUGCGCUGCUCAGGGGGCAUGCGACUCACUGCCACCUACCGGUAUAUCCUCUCCUGUCACUGUGAUGAAUGCAGCUCUUGAGGCUUGCUGCUCAGUGGCUUCUGCUGGGACAACAACAGAAGCAGUUCAACCAGCCAAAGAAGGACUGGCAAGAAAAGAGUUAAGGCAUAUAAAUAUGCAGCAAUUCCCACAGGAUUGUGCACAUUCUAGUAAUGAAGACUCAAUGCGCUUUUUGACAGAAAGACUCUGUCAAAUUUGUUUUCAGUUCCCAUCUCCUUUCCCUGAUAGAAUUUCUUUUGGUUACUUUUCAGAUUCAGGCAUUUCCCAUGUUAGCUCUGAAUGUGGUUUGGGUUUCUGACAAUUCUGCAAUAGUGGGAAAAUGUGGGCUCCUGUGCAAGAGUGUGUCAGGCUAUCCCUAUUUGGUGCAUAUUAGGGAAGAAUUUGCUCAACUCUUCCUAGGACAUCUUCCGUUGUUGUUUCAUGUUCUAAUUUUGGUCUAAGGUUACCCCUGCCUCUAAAGGUUACCAAUUUCACAUUUUGGACACCAGCUAUGCAGCUAUGUUCAGCGAGGUUUACUCACAGACAGCUAACUGACAUUAAAAUAAUGAACAAGCGAAUUCUUUUAUGUGAUUAUAGAAAUCUUGGCAGUUAUAAUUAUUAUUCAGAAAUGACUUUCGGGAUGUACAGGUAGCAUAAGGAAUUUGUCAUCUGAAGGCUUUUGCGGGUAAGCUAUGGUAAAAUUUUGCCAGGAAGCAGGCUUUCAAAGACUUGCAUGCACACAGACAGAUCCUGCACUGACUCUGGAGAAGGCAUGCAUCACUAGAGGUAUGGAGAAUGCACCUUACUCAUGCAUGAGAAUUAGACAAGCAAGGAUGAAUCUAUUUGUGAAUGUGCCAUAGCUUUAGCUGUGUCUUGGCCAUCAUUCUCUAACAUCUACCUGUCCAUGUGAGGCUUGUUGCCAUAAUGGUGACCUUGCUUGCCUUCUAAAUAUUUGGUUCCAAUAUACCUUGGUCCUUGAGGCUCAUAUUUUGAGUUGAUCCCACGUUUUGAAAUAAAGAGUAUCUUCAAAAUUUUGAUU